CCCUCCUCUCGAAACCAGCCCCCUUUUUCUCUGGAUCUGCUUCUUACCGUCGCCUCAGAAACUUCACGGUCCCACAGCCCGCGGACAGUCCAGAGAGGACCUGAGGACAGCCUCCUGAGAGGAAGAGAGGAAGCCCUACCUGUGUUUCCUUCACCGAGCCGUGUUGUGGUUGCGUAAGUGUGCGGACGCCUGCGGAAUGAUUUGGAGAUGACUUGAGGAAACUUUCGGCUGCGUUCGGGACGAUCAAAGCUCCGACAGCUUGUCAUCUUCACUCGGCGAUUCUUCUAGACUGAGGGAAUCAAUGUGGUUUCAUUCGAAAGGACGUGAGGUCCGAAACUCGCCUAAACGUUGAUACGUCUUGGGAGUGAUGCACUGGCUUCCCCUGGUUGCCAUGGUGAUCGCCUCGGCCCUGCUCUUCCUUAGGUUACCUCUGCCCAGGCUUGCUGCCGCAAUGAUGGAGCCUGGCAACAACAUCAGAACCGGUUCGUCUGCGGACCACGACUCCCAUGAGGACUUCAACUCAAGCGCCAACAACACAGAAAAAAUGCCACACAGAACAGCAGAUGCAUACAAUCUAAAGGAUAACAACUUGUCCUAUUCUGUGUACAAGGAGUCUUUAUCCAAAAGGAAGCAAAGCCAGGAGAUGCUAGCAGCAGGGGAAGACUCAGCCAGGACAGGAGAUCAGGUGGACCUUAGAUCACAAGGUUUAAAAAGUCAAGCACGCAGUGCUUUCCAGGACAGUCACAUUCUUAUGGACUACAGACCCCAAGGUGGCCGCUUUAAGGAUGAUGGUAGCUUUGAUGUAGCUGGAACUCGGGGUAGGAAGUCCCUGUUGAAAGAUAGGGACAGCGAGAGGACCCGGGGUAGGAAGACCCUGCCGAAAGACCGGGACAAUGGUGGGACUCAGGGUAAGAAGACCUUGCUGCAAGAUAAGGACAGUGAUGGGACUUUAGGUAAGAGGACUCUACUAAAAAACCAGGACAACCAGGAGAACUCCAUUGUGAAUGAGCUGCUGCCAGACUUGCCGCCUGUGGACAGAGCUGAUGGAGAGAGAUUGGGAGGUUUGAUGCCUGCUGAAGGCUUGGACUUGAGCCUAGACGAAGCCCUGCAGGAAGACGAGGAAAUGCUGCUGCUUGCCUCCCAUCCCAGAGUCCUCUUUACGGCCUCCCCUAUACCUCCCAAACACCCUCCUCUGCAGCUCCUGCUGGACUCGGGCCUUCUGCCUGAGAAAGGAGAAGAGGAGGACGAGGACAAAGAUGAAGAGCAGAGCAGGACGCAACUGGAGAACGUAGGCAAUCCAAGCCAGGACAGUGACGGAGAGUCCUACAGGAACCUGCUGCUAGGUCUCUCUGUCUCUGCGGAACAGUCACCAGCACCUUCCUCUGAGCACCCUCACAAGGUACACCGUAACAAACGGCAGGUGGGGUUGGAGGGUCGGGAGCGAGCCGCCUGUGAGUCUGUCAGCAUGUGGGUGACGGACAGGAAGACAGCCAUGGACUUUAAGAUGCGGAACGUCACAGUGGUUGACUAUUUCGAGACCAAGAAGGGCAACAGGCUCGCGCAAAUCUUCUACGAGACCAGGUGUCGUGGGGCUAAAAACAAGGUGCCGUCUGGGGAGCAUGGCGUGGCUGGGGGGGACUGCCUGGGGGUGGACAAGAAGCACUGGAUAAGCGAGUGUCGGACUAAACAUACGUACGUGAGGGCGUUCACCUCGGACAGCAGUGGAAGAACGUUCUGGAACUGGAUCCGCAUAGACUCGUCCUGUGUAUGUGUGCUGAAGUCCAGAAACCACAGGAACCAAUGGCAGGGAAGAGGGACUAGAUGAAAGAGAGAAAUCUUUCUCUACUCCUAUCUUUCCUAGAAAGAAAGGGAGGGAAAGAGAAAGACAGUUGAAUAAGAUAUCAGAGAAUCGAGACGUAGCUACUAGGGAUGCCACAAUCAGAUCUGAAAUUCAGAAGCAAUCAAGGCAUAUUUUAAUGGAUUGUUAUUGGUUAUAUUUAGCCGUGUGCUGCUCCUUUCUUAAUGCUGUCUUAGUGCUGUUGUAGAUGUGACAUGAAUGGACAUGAUCUAAAACUUGCAUCAGUGAAGAGGUCUAAUUGUCUGCAGAGUGAAACUAUUUUGAAAAUGAAAGUAGCUUCGUAGCCUUUUGCCUUGCCAGCACAUUAAGCUAGCUGCUCUUACUCAAAACACAAUGGCAGUUUAGGCAGCGAUCUUUGUUUAAAACAGGGUAAAACUAGCUGUGCUUAAAAAGGAAGUCCAUUGCUAUUAGUGUUGUGGAAAAUAAUCAUUUCUUAGAUGCAUUGCCCCUUGAAAGAUUCUGAAUCUAUUCACCAAACAUUGUAACCAGAGUAUUAUAUAGGGUCUGGGUUUCCCCACUGUAAAAUAAACUAACACACAACCAGAGACAUUUUAAAAUGGGAUAAUUUUGGCGCAGCCCAGCUUUGUAGCACUUUUUUAGUACAAUAUACAUUACCCAACAUUGUGGAUGAAAAGUAAACAAUGUGAGCUUUACUGUUUACAAUAUGUGACACAAAAAACAAAAGGUAUUUUUGUAUAAGCGUGGUAGAAACAGGCCUAUAGAUGUAAGUGCAAGAGUAUCAGCUAGAUUUGAAUUCAGCUAACAGUACAUGGUAAUCACAAAUGCAUUGCGAAUCAUUCUAUACAAAAAGCAUUUUUGUUUAAAUGUAAUAGAUGGUGAAAAAGACCUGUAGACUUAAAUGCAAGAGUAUCGGCUACAUUCAAAUUUAGCUAAGCUAACACCCAGUUAGCAAAAUUUGUCUAGCCCACUGGUGAGCCACAUCCUUGGUUUGUUCUGGCCCAAUAUACAGCUGGGUCUUCGGCCCAGGUCUGGCCCACACACUGUAAAAUGAAUAGAACUAAAGGAUAUGGCCCCAGUUUGGCCCCGAUCUGGCCCAACUACAUUGUUGGUCCACAACAUUUACACCAGAAUUGUCCCAUGAAUGUUAAUACAAGGCAAAAUUGUACAAAGCUGUCCAGGAUCUGGUCCUAUUCAGGCUCGCACGCCUAGUAUUUACCUGGUAGUCAACCAACACUCACAUAGGAAAGGCAGAAUUGGGCCAAAACUGUCUGCUAUCUGGGCAGUAUUGUUAAGGAUAAUGCAGGAAAAAUAUCAGAAAGGAGGCUAUAGAGAUUAAAACAUUAAGAUGUAUUGUGAAUCUUUUUUACAAAGGCAUUUUUGUUUAAAUGUAGAAAAUGGGGAAACAGGCCGAUAGACUUUUAAGUGGAAGAGUAUCGGCUACAUUCGAAUUCAGCUAACGGUACUUGUUAAUGACAAUACAAGAAAAAUUCAGAAAGUAGGCUAUAGAAAUCAAAGUUUAAGAUGCAUUGUGAAUCGCGUCAUAAUUGCAUCUUGGCACCCUGAGUUGAAAUCAUGGGUCCAACCUCUAUUUCCCACCGCUAAUUGUUAGAUCAGAGCAUGUUAGAGCAACUGAAAUGCAAAAGUUGUGUAUUCCAUACAUCAUAAAGUGCUAAUUUCAGAAUGAAACACAGUUAAGAGUGUCAUGCUAUGCAUGUUUUACUUUAGCAUUUUGAUGUAACUGAUAGCCUAGCAUAGCUUACUUAUUGUUUUACAUGUACUUUUUAGGUGUGACUGCAUUGCGUAUGAACAUUUAGCAUUGGAAUCUGAGGCAGAUUGGAACAUCCCUAGUAACUACAGACUGGCUAGUGCAGGUUCCUCCCGGUCAGUGGGAAUGUUGUGGAAAUCUCUUCAUUCUGUAUGAACACAUCACCCUCUCUCUCUCUUAAUCCAUACCUCCAGUCCAUGUCAGCUUGUACCAGUUGGCCAGUGUAAUUACUGCAGAUAUUAAAGGAAUAAUUUGGUGAAAAGUCAAAUGUGCACUAUCUUCCUCUUUGCUGUAGUGCUCUGGAGCUCUGAGGCUAAUGUAGCUAACAAGUAGUGGAAGCUUAUGCCCUCUACAAUUAGCAUUGUGCUAACUGUAUGUCUGUUAACUUGCUUGCCUCAAACAGCAGCAACACAUCUCAGACAGAAUUCUUUAGGUGGUUUCUGAAUGUUAAAAAUGGACAAAUUUACAGAAAACUUAAGGCUUUGAGGUGGCUAUGCUACUGUUUUUAACUAUUCAGGCUUUGAGGUGGCUAUGCUACUGUUUUUAGCUAUUCAGGCUUCGAGGUGGCUAUGCUACUGUUUUUAGCUAUUCAGGCUUCGAGGUGGCUAUGCUCCUGUUUUUAGCUAUGCAAGUGUGCUUUAGUCCAUCUUUAACGGUCUGUCAGUGUCAGAAACCACAUAAAAAAGUCCAUUAGAGGAUUACUGAACAACUCCACACAGUUUGAGGCGAGUGUGCGAUCAUUCAGGAAUGCAGUU